AUGCAUAUAUGCUACUUAAUUAGCUUACAAGUAGUAUAUAAGUUAACUACCUCGACCGACAUACCUAAGAUCUCUAGCAUUUUUGAGAUCCCGGGAGCUUUUCCAAUUACAGGUCAUCUUCUAGAAUUGGGCGACGAUCAUGCCACUGUGUGUGAAGUAAUUGUCAUCAACAGCUUCGAGGAUUGCAAACGAAUGUUGAUCGGAAAUCAAUCUGCUGUCAUCGAUCGUCCGAAACUCUAUACUUUCCAUAGACUCAUUUCUUCCACUCAAGGCUUUACUAUCGGGAGCAGUCCUUGGGAUGAGAGUUGUAAGAAUAAAAGAAAGGCUGCUGGGCAGACUCUUGGGCGGCCGGCUAUGAAGGGCUAUCAGGCAAUGUUCGACCUUGAGACGUAUACUCUCAUCCGUGACCUUGUAAAGGAUAGUAGCGGAGACUGUGGCGAAACUUAUCUCAAUCCUCGACCCUAUCUGCAACGGUAUGCACUCAAUACGACUUUGACGUUAUGCUAUGGCAUCCGUAUGGAUAGCGUUUGGGAUGACAUGUUGCGAGAAAUUCUCGAAGUUGGAUCGGCCAUCUCGCUUUUGAGAAUUUUGAGGUACCUGCCCAAUAACGAGAAAAAUCAAAGAAGCAAAUCUCUUCGUGAUCGGAGAGAUAAGUACUUCAAUGAGCUAUUGGACCGAGUCCGAGAAAUGAUCCAGCAUGGGACCGACAAGCCAUGUGUCUCAGCAGCGAUUCUUAAGGACGAAGAGACGAAGCUGACGGGCGUGGAAGUCUCAUCCAUCUGUCUAUCUUUGGUAUCUGAAGGCUUUGAAACGAUUCCUGGAACGCUGACGAGUUGUCUUGGGUCAUUGGCCACGCCAGAAGGUCAAGUGUUCCAAGAACGUGCCUAUGAAGACCUCAAACGCCACUAUCCGAAUGUUGAGGACGCGUGGAAGCAGUGUCUCGAGAGUGAGGAUAUUCCCUACAUCAAUGCGAUUGUGAAGGAGGCCGGGAGAUUCUACACGGUCUCGUCGACGAGUCUUCCUCGCAAGGCUGCCGUCGAUAUUCCUUGGGAUGGCGCUUUGAUUCCUAAAGGGACGAUGAUCCUCAUCAACGCCCAAGCCGGAAACCAUGAAGUAGGCCACUGGGGUGCAGAUGCUGCAACAUUCAAUCCCGAAAGAUGGCUUGAGGAACUUGAUCCUCCGAAAGAGAAAGCUUCAAGCGGACUACAACAUCUUUCUUUCGGCGCAGGAAGUCGAGCAUGCUCGGGUCAGCAUAUCGCGAGCAGGCUGCUAUACUCGGCAUUAGUACGACUCCUUUCCAGCUUCAGAAUUGUGGCUUCUCCUGACGAGCCACCAAAUACCGAUUAUGUGGAUUAUAAUGCGAUCAAAUCCGCGCUUGUGGCGAUUCCUCGUGAUUUCAAGGUAAGACUCAUUUCAAGGGACGAAGAAGCGCUAGAGUCCUGCCUUCGGAGCGGCGAAAACAGAACGAGGGACGCUUAUGCGGAGAGAUCGCAUGGGUCGGGUGGGCACGGGCGAAAAUUGUAUCAAUGA